AUGGGGGAGGGAGCGGGGCAAAGGAGGACAGAGGAGGAGGACGGCAGCGCAGAGCUACCUGGGGGCGGGAGGAGCCGCACUUCACCCUGAGAGACUCAUAUUUAUAGAGGAGCUCACAGGAGACACUCACUAACCGGACACCUACCGACCUGUGCCCCUCUGACCGCUACCUCCUUAAACAAAUGCCAAGACUCGAGGAGCACUGCUGGAGUUGCUCUUGCACCAGAGGGAGAGACAAGAACGACCCAAAGAUAAGCCUUUGGCUUGCCAGCAGAAUUGGAGAAGCCAUGUCCUCCUUAAACUCCCUCAUUGCUUUGGCCUACAGCACCUUAGCCAGCAGUGAAGGUCGCAGCCUGAUCCGGAGAAGUGUGGUUCUAUUUACUGUUGGCGUUUUUCUUGCCUUGGUGCUUAAUCUUCUCCAGGUUCAAAGGCAUGUGACGCUAUUUCCUGAAGAGGUCAUUGCGACAAUAUUUUCCUCCGCAUGGUGGGUGCCUCCUUGCUGCGGCACUGCAGCUGCUGUUGUUGGCCUUCUCUAUCCUUGCAUCGACAGCCAUCUUGGGAACCACACAAGUUCAAGAGAGUGGGCCAGCGUCAUGGGAUGUAUAGCAGUUUUCGUCGGCAUUAAUCAUGCUAGUGCAAAACUGGAUUUUGCAAAUAAUGUUCAGCUGUCACUAACACUAGCAGCCUUGUCUCUGGGCCUUUGGUGGACCUUUGACCGCUCACGCAGUGGUCUUGGACUAGGAAUCACAAUAGCCUUUCUUGCAACGCUCAUAACACAGUUUCUUGUGUACAACGGAGUGUACCAGUAUACCUCCCCAGACUUUCUGUACAUCCGUUCCUGGCUGCCAUGCAUAUUCUUCUCUGGAGGCGUGACUGUUGGGAAUAUAGGACGACAACUAGCAAUGGGUCCCACAGAAAAAGCACAUGCUGAUUAGAUGCAUCCAGGAAAAGACCAUAUUGUAGAAGAAUCACGCUGGUGUUGUAAAAGCUUGCAUUAUGUUACUGAGUAACAAUCUGCGAACUUUCCACGUGCAAACACGUUACAAAUGUGAAGCCUAUUUUCUUCAUCGUUUGAUUACUACAUUUUAUGGUAUGCAGGACUUUUAUUAUUGCUCCAUGGAUUCUUGCACCAGACCAUGACUUUUUUGGUGGAGCCAAAAUGAGGAAAAAAACAAACUUGUUCAGCAAUGCAUCUGUUCUUCCAUGAUUGAUGCCGGUUUUGCUAAUCUGUCACUUUAGAAGUAGAAUUUCAAAGUGUUCUUUUGCAUGGUGUAAUAAGCUGUUUGCCAGCUUCAAGUACAGGAUACCAGUAUUAUGAUUUCAUUCUAAGGGGGAUGAAAAAAAAAGACAUGCCUAUUUCAAAGCUUUGCAACAACCAUGUCCCAUGAAAGCCUCACAAGUGCAAGGUGCUUAAAUGGGAGAAGAAGAUGAAGUGUAACUAAGUAGGAGUUUGUUAUUUAUCUAAAUGGUAAAUAAGGCUGUGGGCAAAAAGUCAGGUGCAUCUAAUGCCAGUCAAGCUUUGGGUUGACCUCAACAUGGCUAAGAAUUGGGAAAAACAUUUUGUUCAUAUUUGAAAAUGGGCCAAUGACCAACUAUCCAGAAAAAUAAGUAUCGGUCUCUGCCCUGUGGCAAAUGAUUUAGAUAAUGAUUAUUCUCAUCUUUAAGCCAGUCAUGCAAUCUUUGGCUCUGUAGCUGCGGUGGACCUACAAAACACAACCUGCCUUCUACCCAAGGCCUUUUAGCAAAGUAUCUGGAGUAUAAAGGACAGUCUGUGUUGACUGUAGCAGCCAAUUGGAUCCUUUCUUUCAUUCUCUGACAAUUUAUUUUGGAAUGGAGGCGUUGAGUUCUAGAAGGGCUGAAAUAGAAAUUAUGAAGAAAAUGCUGCUCUGGGUGCUGACCAUGUGUCCGAAGACCUAGGUCAGCAGAUUACAAUGAAUUUGCCUGUCUGAACAGUUCAUAAGGGAGACUGGGCAGCAUUUUCUCCAGGAUACACUGGUAUUUUAGCCAUUUUAAAGCUCUUUUAUUCGUUUGGUCUAGACGAAUAAGCAGGAGGUGGUGAUCUGUUUGGUUGUUUCAUGGCUUUCCCUCUGAUACUGCUAUCUAAAUGCCUUCUGAUUCGACUUCUGAGCCCAGAGGCCAAAUCGGUGUUUGGAGCUGAAUAGUUCAGUAUCCAUUUGGGCUCAGAGAACCAUGAUGCACUUUUCUGUGCCUUGCUAAAAUGAACGCUGGCUACAGUUUCGGUUGAGGAUACUGUAACCCUUGUUCUUCCUAUUGCUCCCCUCCCCCCCCCCCCCCCCCCCAGAAGAAGAGCAUUGCAACUGGCAGAAGAAAUUCGAAUAGAACUGAUGGUGUGUAUCACAUGUAGUAGAAUUUUGCAGGCCCUAUACCUCUCCAUGCCAUUUAUACACAACAUUUUUCUGUUGGCAGAAAAAUUCAUCACAGGGAGAAGAGGAGACCCCCUCUGUCUUUUGUCUUACAGCCUUAUUAAUAUUUGCAGUCUGUGAUUGCCUUGUAAAGAGAAAAGUGCAUUUGUCACUUCAUUAAACAUUUUAUGUUGUUUUGGAUAUUCUAUAGUGUUUGUGAGCACAAGUUUUCAUUGCAAUUUAUUUAAUUACAUGCAGUUCAAUUAUUAGCAAACCUUUAACAAUUCUAAGUGCAAUGUGUUUAAAAUAACGUCAAGGGAAUCUGUAGCAUGUUUUCUUUUAUUGCAUCUCCUUAUUAUUUAAGGGACAUUAACAAUACUACAUUUUGCUUUUGCAUAGCUUUCCAUGCAUGGAUCAAAACUACGGUAACUUAGAAACCAUCUGUAACAACACAAUACGUUGGGUUCCAGGUUACAACCAGUCAUUUUCUUCUGUGUAAUAAAAUCAAUGUUUGUGUCCCCUGUUUUUUAAUGAGAUGAUCUUAAUGAAAAUCCUAGUUUAUGUUGGGGGAAAUUAAUAAAGCGUUAAUUAUAUUGGUGCUGGAAACUGGUGCAAGUGGCACUUUGACAAAGUAGAUAAACCUGUUCCAGGUCUGCACCAGUUCAAGAGUAAAACAGAAACUAGCGCCAGUCCCCCACCUAACUAACAAAGGGAUCUAUUAAGACCGCUUCAGCAGAUCUUCACCAGAUUGGACCUGUUGUACAGAAUGUGAAGUAUCUGCUGUCGGCUCACUUGCAUAUAGACCGGGAGAGCGUAUUUUCCUGCCUAUAUGCCUGCAUGUUAACCCUGACAAUACAGAGAUGACAGCCUUCCUUCCUCACUCUCACCUGAGCUGUAGGGGCAGGCAAAUGGAGCCAAAGCAAGUGGCUCCUGCUCCAGUAUAGAAAAUAGAGCAGAUUGCUCUUAAUUAACAAGUAUGCUUGUGUCCCCUUUGUUUACUAAGGAGCAGGAGCAGUUCAAACUUAGUUUAGUAGUGCAGACUUUAUGCCUUUAGCCGACCUUAGAUCGUUUUGAGGUUCAGGCUGAAUGUGCCCAAGUUGAUUGAUCAACUUUUGGUACAAGCAGUUCACUGGAUUUUACAUGCGAUUGUCGCUAGUGACUGUUAUAGUCACUAGUAAUAGUCAAGCGAAUUUCUUUCCUGCAACCUGUGGUCUCAGGAAAGAAAUUCACUCCAUCUGUGGCUGGUCUUUAAUCCCCCAUGGUAUGUGGUGGCCCAGAAAUAUUAAAUCACAAAGCAUCGGUUUACAGUUGAGUUGCCUAAAUUCAAAAGCUUUCAGACCAUAGAUGGAACAUAAUGGAUUUCUUAUGUUCUAUUUCACCCUUUGAAGCUACAUAUUUGAUAUUUCAGGGCCCUCGUAUAUUGGCAUUAUUUUUUGAAUAUAGGAGUGUUUUAUUUUUUAAAUGUGCCAGUUUCCUAUCCAAAGGGGGUGGGGCAGCACAUUUGUAAGCCUAGCCUGUAUAUGUAACCCUGCAGGCUGUCAGAAAAUCAUUUUGGCAUGAGCCCAUGUCCCUAUAUGCUAAGUAAAUGAGUGUGAAAACCAUGUGUCAGAAAAUUGCUGUUUCUGGUGGGGUUUUUUUUUCCCCCAACACAUAAGACUGCCUUACAUUUCAUAUCUGCUUGCAGUUAAAAUAAAUAAAUGAAAAGAAUUGCUAAGAAAAUGGAAAUGCCAUUUAAUUAGGGAUUCUCCUUUUGUAAGAUGGGCCUGAUUUCCACAGGCCCAAAGUGAACAGUGGGACCCUCCUCUUGCUGUUAUUUACAGUACUUGGAAUACUGGAGUCCAACCAGUAAAAUAGCAAUUCUCUGUCAGCAUUUUUAUGGUCAAACUGCAAUACCAGACUUCACCAGAAGAUGAUGCUGUCAAAGGCCCCAUGUAAUUGCAGUGUUUCACAGUCCUGAGGGAGCCUGGAGGAAGCCCCUUGUUAUCACACAGGGUGUCCUGAUCCAAUGUGCUUUUCACAUUUUCUUAGGAUUCCACCUCAAGCAACUAAUUUGAUUGACAGUCUUACAGUUCUACAUGUCGGCAAUAACUUCAUUACCUGUAAUACUCUUUUAUGUCUUUCUGUAAUGUUAAAGUUCAGUGUAAAGUACUCCAUUUAUUGUUUUGUAUAUGUAUUUUAUUUUCUUUGAAAUUGCCUUUACCUAUUUUACUUAUGCAAGGAAAUCUUGCUUUUGGUUUCCAUUCUUGCUGCAAGAGUGAUGCAAAAUCAUUUACUCAACUUGCCAACAAUUUAUUUUUUAUUUUUUUUGUUUAGCUUUUGAUAUAUAUAUUACUAUUAAGUCACUUAAUUCACUUAGUACCUACAAGCACACUUGAAAUAAACCACUUUAGAGUCUUAAAACCAAUGCCUUAAGGCUACAAGGGAAUAUGCUAUUUAUUACGUAAUUAUAAAAUUUUACAAUGCAAGGUCAUAAAAGUAAAGCAUUAACUGACUCUACAAAUCCUUACAUUUUAUAGUGUGUGUAUAUGUUAAGUUCGGUCUUGUUUCGUGACACAUUUGAGACACUUUAAAGUUAUAUUUUUUUCUAGAAUAUUUUUACCUAUUCCAUCUUCCAUGCCCAGUGAGGUUCAAUGGGAACCUUCCUCUUCUUCUUUCUUUUUUUUUUUUUUUUUUUUUUUUUUUUUUUCCCAGUAAGUUCCAAACACGAUUGCAGUAAAAAAAAAAGGUCAUAUGUUUUUUAUACAACAUCUCACUACCACCCAAUGGAGACAUUUGGUAUUGCAACAGUUUGUCUCUCCAUGUAGACAGAUAUACAUUGGCCAAGUAUUGGGAUUCAUACAUUUAGUUGAAGAGGACUGGGUAACCCUGCUGUUUGUUGCUUUCAUGUUUGAUUCCCUUCUACAUUUUUCUAAGGACUUUUCCUGAUUCAGAAAUAUAGAGCCAAGUGGUGUAUACGGAGUUCAGAUUUUUUUUAUGUUGCCAACACUUGUAGCAAGUUUGUGAACCAAAGUCAGCCAAGUUGAAAAAGGUAAUAAAAAUAUUGCACUAUGCUGGAUUUACAAAAAUAAAUAUAUAUAUUUUGAUUUAGUUAUGAGUUCCUCAUGUGUAGGAUUUCUGUGGUAUGCUUUAUAGAUGUAUAUAACUUUUUUUUAUUAAAGGUUGUGGAUUAUUUGA